AUGGACACUGACCCGCUCCUGCCCAAGCCACCGUACGUACCAACGACAUGGCGCAGCCCGCUCUUGCCGCUCUGCGAGUGGCACUACUUGGACGGGUUUACCGCGUGCUGCUGCCCGUGCCUUGCGCUCGCCGACAUUGCGGGCAACAUCGAUGCAUGCGGCGGCUUUUACACGACGCUGGCAAGUGCCGGACUGCUGGUGGAGCUGAUUCUCGUCCUGCAAGUGCUCGCGUCGUCGUCGGUCGUCGUGCGCGGACUGGGCCUCGUCGCGCUACUGGGGUAUCUCCUCUUCAUUGCGGUGCUUCGAACGUCCGUGCGGCGAGCGCUCAAGAUUCGCGGGUCCGAACUCGGUGACGCGCUCACGUCGGCUCUCUGUCCCUGCUGCACGAUCGUCCAAAUGACCUCCGAGGGCAGCGAACUCGAGGACGUUCUCUGUGCGCUCUGUUGCCCUCCUUGCAUGCUCGCCCAGCUAGCGACGCACGUCGAGCUCUACGACGAAACCAAGUCCGUCUGUGGCCCUCGCAGCGUUCUUCGGGGCUUUAGCCUCGAGCCCGACACGAUCUGAGUCGUUGCAAGAAUGCCUCACUGCGGCAAGCGG